UUCUACCCUCCGGGCCGCAGCCCUUCUCCCCUUGCACCGGAGCCUCGCUCCGCCCUGAGUUAGGAUGGUGGGGCCCACAGCCUCGGACGCGCCCCCGACCUUGGCGGUCAAGAUCUUCUCGGCUGGCGCGGCGGCCUGCGUGGCGGAUGUUAUCACCUUCCCGCUGGACACGGCCAAAGUCCGGCUGCAGAUCCAAGGCGAAUGCCAGGCCUCCACUGCUGUUAGGUAUAAAGGUGUCCUGGGAACAAUCACCACUCUGGCAAAAACAGAAGGGCCAAUGAAACUCUACAGCGGGCUGCCUGCUGGCCUCCAGAGACAAAUAAGCUUCGCCUCUCUCAGGAUUGGCCUCUACGAUACCGUCCAGGAGUUCUUCACCACAGGGAAAGAAACAACAGCUAGUUUAGGAAGCAAGAUCUCAGCUGGACUAACGACUGGAGGAGUGGCAGUAUUCAUUGGGCAACCCACCGAGGUUGUGAAGGUCAGACUUCAAGCGCAGAGCCAUCUACAUGGUCCCAAACCUCGCUACACUGGGACUUAUAAUGCUUACAGAAUUAUAGCAACAACAGAAGGCUUGAUGGGUCUUUGGAAAGGGACCACUCCCAAUCUGACAAGAAAUGUCAUCAUCAAUUGUACAGAGCUAGUAACCUAUGACCUAAUGAAGGAGGCCCUUGUGAAAAACAAACUAUUAGCAGAUGAUGUACCUUGCCACUUUGUGUCAGCUCUUAUUGCCGGAUUUUGUACAACAGUUCUGUCCUCUCCAGUGGAUGUGGUGAAAACCAGAUUUGUUAAUUCUCCACCAGGACAGUACGCAAGUGUGCCCAACUGUGCAAUGACAAUGCUCACCAAGGAAGGACCGUCGGCUUUUUUCAAAGGAUUUGUACCUUCCUUCUUGCGACUCGGAUCCUGGAAUGUCAUCAUGUUUGUAUGCUUUGAACAGCUGAAGCGAGAAUUGAUGAAGUCAAGGCAGACCAUGGAUUGUGCCACAUAAUCAUCUUCAGGAAAAGGAUGUAACAUACCAGUGGGAAUCUUUGCUGACUAGAUAAUUUAAAGAAAAUCUGUUCACUUUAUUUCAUCCUAAAAAGAUAAAGGAAUUCUGGUAGAGAGUUGGACUUUUUUAAAAUUAAUACCCAUUUCUUGCAACUUUUAUUCUCAGUGUUUUAAGGAGGGGAAAGCAAAACAGUCAGUAUACGCCCCGGCAAAUGUAAUAUCCAGAUAAGUUACUGAAUUUGAUUGACUUUUUUGGGAGGGAUGGAUUUUAUGAUUGAAUAUGAAGAACUUUAACAUGUUUUAAUUAUAAUUCAAACUGACGGAAAGGAAAACUGAGUGAAAUGCAUUUUAUAUUUAUAGAUACUUGAAAAUGAACAGUUAUCAAAGAAAACAUUACUGUUUUCUUUUUAUUUAUUAAUCCAGUUGUCAGUUAAUAUAUUCAAUACAGUAUUGCUAAUAUCU